AUGGUUCCAAACAUCAAGUUUGAUUCUGGGUCUCACAAAAGUGAUCAACACGGUAGCUUUUCAGAGAUUGUUUGCAGGACUUUGCUUUCAAGUAACUCUCCGGUUCUAGACAGUUUUUCUUUGGUAGAUAUAUCCGAGUCUGAAGUUUCAAAGGAUCUCGAAUCAUGGAUUGGAAUUGCGUUUGCACGCCACGUGCGUAAAUUAGUACUGAAGUUGCGUAUUGAUUACCAGGUGCAGGACUUGAUUACAUUUCCGAGUGUUUUCUGUGGCUGUAAUAACACACUGGAGAUCUUGGAACUCAAAUACAAAUAUUUGUUUGUUUUAGACUUUCCUUGUCGGGUCGGAUUGAAGUCCCUUAAAAAGCUGGACCUUCGCUAUGUGGGAUUUGAAGGUGGUGAAGAAUGUGUUUGCAACCUUUUAGGUGGCUGCCCUAGUCUUGAAGAUCUGGUUGUGUACCGAAAGGGCAAUUAUGAUGCCAAGACUUUCACUAUUGCGGUGCCAUCAUUACGGAGACUAACCAUAAAAGAUUCAUUCCAAGGAACACGUAAUGGAGGCUAUGUGAUAAAAGCCCCUUGUUUGAAGUACUUGAAAAUCAAAGGGGUCGGGUCUAUAGAUACUCGUUUCGGUUCUUUUUCAUUCAUAGGCGGUCAUUGUUCAUUGGGAGGCCAAGGCAUCGAUGAGUCCGAGUGGUAUGGGUUUUGUCUGAUUGAGAAUGCGCCACAACUGGUGGAGGCUAAAAUCAUUGGCGUUAUUGAUAUACAUGUACACAAUGAGAACAUAAUGGAAUCUCUAACUUCAGCCCAACGUCUUUCCUUGGACUUUUCACCUUUAAAGGUAUGUGAUGAGAUAUCAUAUCAUUUUUUCAGGCAUAUUGGUAUGACAAAACAAAAAAAAAUUUCCACUGCCGGGGAAUGUGAAUGGGAGCAACAUCCCAAACGUGUACCGGAAUGUUUGUUGUCUCAUCUUGAGACAUUGGUGUGGACAAGAUACGCAUGGGAUCGUGAAGAUGAUAAACAAGUGGCAACAUACAUUUUAGAGAACGCAAGACGGUUGAAGAAGGCAACUUUCUACACAGAACCCAUCCAGCCGAAUAUAAAGUCAGAGGAACGUGAGAUGCUGCUCAACGAGUUGGCUAAUGUGGCCAGGGCUUCAAAUUCAUGCCACCUCAUGUUCGAAUCAUCCGACUAA